CAGGACUGCUGUGGAAACUGCAGCGACAGUGAUGAUGAGCCCACCAGGCUGUGACUGAGCACCCUUAUCCCAGCCUCACCGAGGAUCUCAUUUGUUUACAAAUUUUGCACAUUUGUAUUUUUAAGAUAGUUCUAUAUAAAUAUUGGCAUGUAUAUUUUCAAUAUAUAGCCAUAAAGUCCAUGUUAUUUAAAAGUAAUCAUGAUGCAGAAUCCGUCCACAUUUUCAUGCAUGGCAACAACAGCUGUGACCAUACUGUCACCCCCACAUCUCAUGUGUUGAUGUUGUUCUCAGCCGAUAUCGCAAGCCUCUUUUCUUUUUCUUUCUCCUUUUCUUUGUCUUAUAAAAAGUGGGCUCAGAUUGCGAACCAUUUUUAUUUGAUUUGAAAUGUAUAUUCAAAAUAUAUAUUAUUAAUAUUUACUUUGUGCAAUUCUAGACAAUCAAAUUCGGAUAUUUGUGUGAAGCGUAGGCUUAAAAGGAAAUUGAAGACUGCGGUGAACUCUUAGUAUGAGGUGAUAUGUACAUUUUAGGGUUCUAUCUAGAGACAUUUGAUGUAAGCCAAAUAGAUAUGACUGAACGAUGCAUAUGUAAGUGCACAAGUGCAAAGAAGUGUACCAUAUAUGUGACCUCUAAAGUCCUAAAUGUGUCUUCCUAAGAAUCUGGGUUUAGGGAAAAAUCAUGUUAGUUCCCAACCACAUUAUCUGCUAAAUGACUUAAAUGUAAUGUAAAUGUAGAGAAGGGACUUUUCUAAAAACACCCUGCGUUAUAGUACAGUAAUUCAAUUGCCAAAAGGGACCUUUUCGUUACACGUGGAUAGCCGAGAAUGGCCUUGAAGUUUCCUCUACCAUGGCAUCCUCUAGAUUGCUACACUUUUGUCACAGAGCUCCUGAGUUAAAUUUAGCUGUGCACUUAUGACCAAACUGGUUUGUUUUAAUCCUCAAAAUAUUUGAAUAAUUAAGUCCUUCCCAUUCAAGGUGCUUCAGACCAUGCUGCCUCUCUCUCUCUCUCUCUGUAUGUUUAUCUCCCUCUCUCUCUCUCUCUCUCUCUCUCUCUCUCUCUCUCUCUCUCUCUCUCUCUCUCUCUCUCUCUCUCUCUCUCUCUCUCUCU